AUGGUUCAAUCCCCAAAAACCAUCCCCGAAACCACAUCCGACAUACCACAAACUACCAAACCAACAAUCACUCGCAAGUUUGUUGGAGUCCGACAAAGACCAUCCGGAAGAUGGGUAGCAGAAAUCAAGGAUUCAUCUCAACGUGUUCGACUAUGGCUAGGAACAUUCGACACACCCGAGGAAGCUGCACGAGCCUACGACGAAGCUGCAAGAGCCCUUCGUGGCGAAAAUGCACGAACAAACUUCAGUUUCGAUUAUAACAACCACAACAUGUACAACAAUAACAACAACAACAACAACAAAUCUAUCUCAUCAUCGGAGGAUUCUCGGCUAAGUAAAUUUGCUUCAUUGAAGGCAAAAUUCAGCAAGAAUUUACAAAGUAUAAUGGCUAAAUCCGAAGAUUACAAAAACCGGGGUACUAAAAACCGAGUAAGUGAUCAUUUCACUUUCGCCAACAUAUUUAAUUUCAAAAACAACGCCAACAACUUUGUCGAUCAAUUCAACCGCGUGUCGGAGAAGAGUACGACGAUUGUACAACCGAGCAUCAUCGUGCCACCUCAAGUGGAGGAUCAUGAUCUAUAUUCAUCUGGGGAGAGUUUUGGUUCUCCAUGUGAUCAAAUGAUGGGACAAUAUUGUUGGAUUGAUCAUGGUUCUGAUCAAAUGAUAAGUAGUUAUAAUAGUUAUGAUGGUGAUGAAGGUUUGAGGAGCAAGAGGUUUAAGGUUUCUUCAUCGGUGGUGGUUCCUAGUACAUUUAGUACUCAAUCUCCUUUUAUGUAA